AUGGACAGUAGCUUCCACAACGCGACCACCAAAAUGCUAGCUGCCGCUCCGGCCCGAAGCAACAUGAUGAGUACUUCCAAACCCUUGGCUUUCUCCAUCGAACGAAUCAUGGCGCGCACCCCUGAGCCCAAGACCUUGCCUGUCCCCCACUUCCUGCAGGGAGCCGUACCCAAAGGGGACCCCAAGCAUUCUCUGCAUCUCAACUCGCCAAUUCCUUGCAUGAUCCCCUUCGUGCCUGUGGCGUACGACACGAGCCCCAAGACGGGAAUGACUGGUGCGGAACCGCGGAAGGCAAGUCUGGAGGCCCCGGCGGCACCCACACCGGCGCCCUCUGCUCCUGCGUUCAGCUGCAGCGAUCUGCUCAACUGCGCGUUGAAUCUCAAGGGCGACCUGGCCCGCGACGCGCUGCCGCUGCAGCAGUACAAGCUGGUAAGGCCGCGUGUGGUCAACCACUCUUUCUUCCACGCCAUGGGCACCAUGUGCUACCUGAAUCGAGGCGACAGCCCUUGCCACCCGGCGACAGGCGUCAACAUCCACCCGGUGGCCUCCUAUUUCCUCAGUUCCCCUUUGCAUCCGCAGCCAAAAACGUAUUUAGCCGAAAGGAAUAAACUGGUGGUUCCGGCGGUGGAGAAGUACCCCUCGGGCGUAGCUUUCAAAGACCUGUCCCAGGCUCAGCUGCAGCACUACAUGAAAGAAAGCGCCCAACUUCUGUCUGAAAAAAUAGCAUUCAAAACCUCGGAGUUCAGCCGCGUCUCUCCUAAUGCCAAACCCAAAGUUUUCACUUGCGAAGUGUGUGGAAAGGUCUUUAACGCGCACUAUAACUUAACCCGUCACAUGCCGGUGCACACAGGAGCCAGACCCUUCGUUUGCAAAGUGUGUGGAAAAGGCUUUCGGCAAGCCAGCACGUUAUGCAGACACAAGAUUAUCCAUACCCAGGAAAAACCCCAUAAAUGUAACCAGUGUGGCAAAGCAUUUAACCGAAGUUCCACUUUAAACACGCAUACCCGAAUACAUGCCGGUUACAAACCGUUUGUGUGUGAAUUCUGUGGCAAAGGAUUCCAUCAAAAAGGGAAUUACAAAAACCACAAGUUGACCCACAGCGGGGAGAAGCAAUUCAAGUGCAAUAUCUGUAACAAAGCUUUCCACCAGGUGUACAACCUUACAUUCCACAUGCACACCCACAACGAUAAGAAGCCCUUCACCUGCCCCACGUGCGGCAAAGGCUUCUGCAGGAACUUUGACCUCAAGAAGCACGUCCGCAAACUACAUGACAGCGGUCUGGGGCUGGCUCGCACAUCCGCUGGGGAGCAGAGUACCGACCCGCCGCCGUCCUCACUACAGCAGCCGCCACCCGCGACGCUGCCGCCUCUGCCGCCGUCGCUGCAGCCCACCGGACCUCUGCAGCCAGCACUUCACCAGAGCCACUAG